AUGGACAGAUGUACCAGAAUGAGUGUGAAGGAAUUGUGUGAGACCAAUGACCUGGCAACUGCUUUGGUGUUGGACCCUCUGCUUGGCUUCAGAACCCAUAAAAUGAAUAUCAGUCCUCUACCAGAGAUACAACAUUGGGGUAAUCUCAAAGAAACUUUGGUGCAAUUUGAGAAUACACAUGACUUCAACAAGACUUUUGAGGCGCUGACAAAACUGGCUGGUGACUGUUUUAAUUCUCUGGGAAGCCAUCAUCAAGACCUACUUAGGGAACAUGUUUAUCGCUACUUCAGUGCCUUCCUGUUCGACAGUGGUGUCAAGAUAGAGUCCUGUGCGAGAUACUCUUCAGAGACAAAUGGAGCAAAGGUAACCUCUACAAGGCACUGGUUUGCAGGACAACGUAUUGAGGUCUUGCUGGGCUGCAUAGCAGAGUUUAGCCCUGCUGACAGCAAUGUUCUGAAGGCAGGAAUCAAUGACUUUAGCGUGAUGUAUUCAAUGCGCAAAGGUUCUGCUCAGCUGUGGCUUGGGCCUGCAGCUUUCAUAAACCAUGACUGUAAACCAAACUGCAAGUUUCUUGCUAGUGAGAAGAAUAUCGCUUAUGUUGAAGUGAUUCGACCAAUCUCACCUGGGGAGGAGAUUACGUGUUACUAUGGUUCCAGCUUUUUUGGGGAUCAAAAUGAAAAGUGUGAAUGCUGCACUUGUGAAGAGAAUGGAGAGGGUCAUUUCAAACACAGAGGGAAGCAGCUCCAUUUUGAGGAAACAAAGGACCCUGUGAGCAAAAAGUACCAACUGAGGGAGAGAUAUCUUCAUCUAAAAAGAAAAAGAAGGAACAAGCAGAUUUCUAGACCAGCUCUGAAAGGUCAGCCAGAAAGAAAAAUGUCCAGGGCCCAGAAAAGGCAGGGAAGAAGAACGGAGAUCUCCACAGCUGAAGAGGAAUAUGUUCUGCCUACUGGAGAAAUCACUGAGGAGGCUGCAUCCAAGGAACUGAGGGAGGAGCCAGAGGGAUCGGAGUACAGGGAAGAGGAGGAGACCUUGAGUAUCAAUUCAUCCUCCAACAAUCAUCCUCUGACUGGAAAUCAUUCUGCCUUCCAAUGUUCCACCCCCACACCUCAAAGACAGGAUCAUGAUUACAGCAUGUCCUCCUCCAGCGACCUUCCUCAAAAUACUGAUCAGCUGCUGUUUUCCACCCCUGUUUCUGGGGCCCAAAAUUCCUCUGCCAGUCACCAAAUCCCUUCCACCGCCCUGUGUGGGUCUAUGCCUCCGCCUUCAUGUGAGACUGUGUCUUCUUUUAAACUAUCGGGGCACUUGAGUGGCCAUAGUCAGCUCUUGACUGGUUCAAUGUCAAGGGACUGCAUGUGCAUCCUGGAGAAGUUGGAUUCCAGAUUGCAGAAGCUGGAAAAAAAGAUGGACUGUUUGAUGGCAAUGCAGCGACAGACACCCACUCCGCGUAAAGCACCUCAAUCUGUUCAAAAAAGUGAGCAUGUCAACAAGGGACAGAAGGGCACUUUUUUCUAUGAAAAUACUGUUGACGACUUCUUCAAGUUUCGCGUGGGGCCUGGAAGGAAAGAUAGAGAAAAUGCAAGGAAGUCUUCAAGCCAUGCUCUUUGCUUUUGCCUCUAUAUGGCUGCUGGUCUACCCUCCAAGAUCGUCUCCAGUGACCUAAGAUUCCUGAACCAAAUGGACAAGUUGCGUGGGUAA